AUGGAUGAUAUUGUAAGUUUACAAGUCAGGUGGAUACAAGGUUUUACAAACAAGAGUAUCGAGUUUGUGGACAAUAAAACAGUAUGUUACACAUGUGGGAGUCAUAUCUGUUUCCUGAACCUGGAGACAAAAUUGCAAAGUGUCUUUCAGGGCCCUGGCAGAGGAAUUGGUGCAUUGACAGCCAAUGGCAUCAGUGGGAUUUUUGCUUUUUCUGAGCAAAAGUUAAACCCAUCUAUAUUUGUGUAUAUGUUCCCAGAGCUUCAGCUGAAGAAUGAACUGAAAGGAACAGCGCAACUGGACUACACAUCUCUGACAUUAAGCGAUGGUGGUCCUUAUUUGGGCUGUUGUUCCUCUCUUCCCGACCACACCAUAGCAGUGUGGAACUGGGAAACUGCGGAGCCAAUUUGUACACAACCACAAGCUGGGCAGGAUGUCAUUUCUUUGGUGUUCAACCCACUGAACUGGCUCCAGAUUUGUGCUUUGGGUACUACAGCCAUCACUGUCUGGAAUAUUGAGAAGAGUGCCAACUUUCACAUCCUGAAACCAUGUGUGAUAGAACUUCCAGCAACUGACGGUUUGUUUGCUGAGAGAUUGGUGCCCCCCUUUCAUACUACUGUCUGUGACAAACAGUCCUAUUUUGGUCCAGAGAUGCCUCCAUCAGCCAUCACAGGGCUUAAGGGAGACAAGGGAGAAAGCAUUGUGACUAAACUCUGCAGCAAACCCAGACUAACUCCUACUACCAUCUGCUGGACAGCCACAUCAGAGCUCUAUGUGGGCUGUGCAGAAGGAUUUCUGCUCCUCGUUGACCCAGAGAGCCUCUCUGUCUCAGUCCUCUUCAACCCCACAAGUCCUGAUGCCGUCCCUGAUCUCAGACAGAACAACUUUCAAGGUUUGACUCUUAACAAGAAUGACUUGAUCGCUGUUGGUCAGGAUGGUGUGGUGCGGUGUCUGCAAAUCAAAGGGACUCAGAUUGACAUCAUGCAAACAUGGCAGUUAGAAGGCCCAGCCACAACUGUGAUGUACUCCCCUGACUAUGAAACAUUACUUUUAUCUUCUAAUACAGGCCAGAUCUAUGCAUUGAACCCAACCCAGUCAGACAAGAUUGUGAAGGUCCUGGAUGUCCUCAGCGGGAACUUUGUGGCAGCAGCUUUGUCACACACCGAUAAGAACAUUUGUGUGUCAGUGAGGGAUUCUGGAGAACUGCAGCUAUGGUCCAUAGAUGGCAUGUGCCUCAGUUCCCUGUCUCUUCAAGCUGAGGUGACGAGUCUGGCCUGCUGUCCUAUUGCACAAUACGCAGCUGUGGGAACAACUUCAGGAAAUGUCCUCUUCAUUGACCUGAACGUGGAGCAGCAGCCUCGCCUGGUACACCAGGUUCAGCUCUACCACGUUCCUGUGGAUCACCUACUUUUUGAUCAAGAGGGGCACUACCUUUUAACCGGUGCUUCAGAUUCACAUAUCUACGUAUUAGAUGCAAAACCAUCAAAGAAGUUUUCAGUCAUAGGAUUCACAAUUGCUCCUGGGCCCAUUUUGUCACUUUCCACUCAGUGCAUCAGGGACUGUGAACAGGUGAAAGUUCUUGCUCUGUGCACUGGACAGGAGGGCAAAAAUCAUGAUGGUAGCCUGCUCACGCUUUUCUCUCUGCCUGAGAAGGACCUUGCAGGCCCUGAUUGUGUAGACCGACAUGGUUCCCUGUCUACUCACAUUCUCAAAGUAUCCAGAUACGAGGUGCCUCAUCCACUUAAAUCCUGUGUUCUGGGCGUCAGUGAGGUCUUUGCUUACUGUCACAGGAGGAAAAGUCUUCAGCGAUUUCAGCUUCCCCAGGACACAGACAGUGUCUCCAGUCAACAGGUGGUCCAGCUGAAACCAGAACAGGAGGUGAAGGGUCAUCCCCUGGGCCCUGCCUCUCUUGUUCUGUCCCCUCAUCAGUUGUGGCUGGCCUCUGUAGGCCGUGAUGGCCUAAUACGCGUUAGAGAAACUGCUUCCAUGGAGCGAUACAUUGAGCUGCAGUGUCAUUCAUGCCGUCUUGGUGGAGUUCGGAGUCUGACCUUCGCUGCAGACAGCCAGACGCUCCUCACUGCUGGCUUUAGAGAUGGAUCUCUUGUGUGUACUGAUCUCAGAAUUAAAGGUGUAGAUGCCGAGGUGAACAAAGCUACUCAGCAUAGCCAGACUAUGGCUGAUUUCUUGAAGAACAUAUUCAGUACAGAGAACCCUGUCCUCAUAGACUUGACUGAGUGGAGACAAGGGUCUCAGGCUGGCACUGAAACACCAGAGGAAAGUGAGCUCAGCCGUGGAGCAGAGAGCGUGGAUGUGACCGAGCAGGAUGAGAGUUAUAACAGCCGGCUGUCUGCUCCACCUUCACACCCCACCUGGCUAGAAAGCAGGCGGGAAGCGGUUAUAAAAGAAGAGAACGAGCAAUAUUCCGAGACAAAGAAAAACCUGAGGAAAACCAUCAAAGAGUUACGUGACACUAUUCAGGAGAUGAUGCGUGAAAAUGAGAAGCUUCCAGAAAUUGAGCGUCUGGAACAACAGGAGUUCAACCUGGAUGUUGAGGAGCAGGGGAGACUAGAGGCCAUGGUGGAGCAGGAGGUUGCCAGGGUGAGAAAAGAAAUUGAGUGGGAGAUUUUAGCAAAAUGUUACCUCCAUGAUGUCCUAAAGAGGGAGUGCUGGGAUUCAAUGAAAGUCAAGGGCCGGGCCAUUAAGGCUUUUCACUCGGAACUUGAGGUGAAGAACUACCCUCUGAAAGAGCGAACAGAAAAAGAGGUGGAGGAACUUCACAGGGUUCAGACUAUGAGGAAGUUUGAGAAGGCAGCCUGCACCAGCAGCCUUAAGAAAAGUUCCAACACAACCAGCGUGAAGGAGGAAGAGCAGAGGGAGGAAGCCCACACGGCAGAGAGUGCUGCUGUAACGGGAAGUUUCUCCGCUCAGUUAGGAUAUUCAAAUCCUUACAUCUACGAUCAGUUCAGACUCCAAACCAAAGAACAAAGGAUUAACCAGAUCGUUCUUCUGCAGGAUGUGAUUUAUCGCAUCAAGACAGCUUUCAACACUGAAUUUGAGACCGUGCACAGGCAGAAGGUGCAAGAGUUCAACCGGGUGAAAGACAGGAACAGACACAUCAGGGAGAUCAUGCUGAAGCUGGACAUGGAGGAGAAGCUGUGGGAGCCCAGCCUGACCAACAGCGAGUGGCCAGAGAGGCUGUUCACUGUGGAUGACUCUGAGAUAACAGCAGAAAAGUACCUCACCCCAGAACAGAAAAAUGAGGAGGAGAGGAAGAAGCUGGAAGAGCAAAGACGUUUGGCUGCCAAGGGUGAUAGCUGCAGAGAAAGAGCUCUUGAUGACAUGAUGGAUGGUGUGCUUGAAGUGAAAACAGAGGAUAUCUUGAAAAUGGAAAUACCUCCGCCUGAGUUUGUUUUGACCAAACCUGACAUUCACUGGAAUGAGGAGGAGAAAAAAGCCUAUAAAGAGUAUGAGAAGAAAACCAAAGACCUGAGUGAGGAGAAAGAGAAAUACAAAAAGCUAUUGGAAACUGAAAUGAAAAAAAUGCAGGCAUCCACCAAGGAUGCGACCGAAAGGUUUGAUGAAACUUUGACAAAGCUGUUUGAGAAGAAAGUAAAAUGUGAAAUGGCUAUAUAUCAGGAAGAGCUCAAGAUCACUUAUCUUGCUUAUUCAGUAAUCGUAGAAGAGGAGAUGAGGAAUCGAGAGCUGGAGCUCAAGCUCAAACUUGAAAAAAUGUUGGCAUACAAGGAUGAAAUUGGGGAGGAGAUGAAGAGACAUGAAGAAGAAGUAGAAUUAUUUCACGAGACCUAUGACAGCAUCGUAGCUGAGGACAAAGUUCUUGACAAAGAAUUCAGGAAGGAGUUCUUUGAUGUACCAACCCAUGUUGUUGAUCAGUUGUAUAAGCUGUUCAAACGUAGACCCAGGGUUCAAAAAAUGAGGACUCAGACCGACAGCAGCUCCAGCCUGUUUAAAGACCAGCGUCUGUGCGGCUCUCUGGCUCCCGACGCACUUGGCAAAAUGCUUAAGGCCAUGGAGGAGCUGGAUGCUCCGGAAAAUAUACCAGAAGGCUUGAACACGUCCAUCUGGGAGAGAUUUUGUCUUGUCCGCAGAACAAAAGUAGAGAGUGAGCAAAAGGUCAAACUAAAAGCUUUGACUCUUGCUGAGAUGCAGGCGUUCCUACAGAGGAGGAGAGAGGAGGAUAAGGCUGCUCAGCAGGAAAUUAAAAAUCUCUCUGAUGACCUUGAAAGUCUACAUAAGGAGAAGAACCGUUUCCUGAUGAACAUCAUGGUCCAGGUCCUGCUCAAACAGGGCCAGGUGGAGGUGUCUACCACAGACCUGACAGCUGACUACACUGACUGUGUACUUCUCCAAAGGAGUGUGGUGGAGGACUUCAACAGAGAAAUCAGGAUGCUUGGAGAGCAGAAGAUAGCCUCCAUGGUGGAGUGCAAAGACUUCCGCAAAGGCAUCAUCCAGCUGGAGUGGGAGCACAAGAAGAUGAGGAUGCAAAUAGAGGACCUCAACAACAAGGCGAGGGACAUCCAGAUGUUACGCCUCUCUGAGGAACAACAGGAUUAUCUCAACAAGAGAGAUCGAGAUAGCCGUGUGUCCAAACAGGUUUCCAUUCUGGAGAAAACAAUAGCUUUCCAGGAAAAGACUCAUCUACAGAAUGUGGAGCAUCGCAUAAAAAAGAUUGAACAGCUUAACAGGCAGGCAGCUAUGAAAGCUGAGAAGACCACAGUUUUAGAACAGCAGCUACCUAACAUGCAGGUGACCGUGGCAGAGAGGAGACACAUCUAUGAAGCAACAGCUUCAGAGGAAAAUGAGGCAGCUAAAACAGAGGAGCGCCACCGGGAAAUCGUUCAGAAGAAGAACUUGGAGGACUUCGCCAGAGCACAGGCAGAAGAUCUGGGUUUCCUCUGGGCAGAGCUUGAGCGUCUGAAGAUGAAGAACUUUCCAUCACUUGACCAGCUGAAACACAACUGAGCAAAGGCUUCUCUUGAACAGACAAUUGGGUUUUAUUUACACUUCUCUUAACAAGUAAACAUAAAAUUUACAACUCAAGCUGUGAACAAAUAUUGUAGCAGCAACAAACAGAACAAUUAAAUUACUCAGAAUAUU